GCUAUAUCAAACAUAUCGUGUCCAGAUCAUUAUGUGAUCCUCUUAAAUUCAACGUCAGCCAAUCAUAUCAUCACAAUUCAUUAAGACGUAAAAGUAGGAGGGAGCCAUCUACACUUUUAAUGAAAGAUCGACUGAAUUCACUUAAACUUAACUUUACACUCAUUUUUUCCAUCAUCAUAACCAUUGAUAUUCUAGAAGUUCUUGGGAAGAAAAAACGGCACCUCCUCCCAUUGACAAUCGAUUUGUCUCAUCAAUCCUUUGGGGUGAAAAGAGAUUGUUGGCGGCUUAAUUUCAAUCUGUAACUAUCCAAUCUGCGACACGAGCCGAAAUACAUACAUAUACCCAGCUGCGACCUCAAACCUCUUUUGACGCCCCAUCACUCCAGAUUCGACAAAUGCGCUCGUAGGAUCUUCCAGUAACCAUCGAUUGAGGACAACCUUUCGAACAGUACAACGGCGCCAUGGGCCCAGUCCGCUCUUUACGGCGUACAAACCCACUCACUCUGAUUGUGGGUGUGGUCUUAUGUAUCAUAAUAUUCGUCUUUCUCUUCUCCCCAUCCAACGCCGACGCAGCAGCAUCGCAAUUGAGAAGAGCCAGCGCCGCAUCCAAUCCUCUCUCACCCCCUACCUCUCCCUUUCGCAAACAGAAUGAAGCUACAAAGAGUGGGAAACGCAUACCACCACCCGUGGUUCAUUACCACAUGAAUAAUGUUACCAGUACUGCCGAUCCUUUGGCAAACCGAGAGAUGAUUCUCAUCUUGACACCUUUGGCACGAUUCUAUCAGGAGUAUUGGGAUAACUUGCUGAAGCUUUCGUAUCCGCAUGAACUUAUCACUCUCGCGUUCAUCAUCCCACGGAAUAAGGAAGGAAAUGCCGCUACAGCAGCAUUGCAGGAGCAGGUUACGAAGACUCAAAAGUCGGGACCGGAAAAGAAUCGAUUCGCAAGUAUCAUCAUUGAACGACAAGAUUUUGAUCCUCCCAUCACGUCCCAAUCCGAAACCGAGAGACACAAGAUGGAGAAUCAAAAGGCGAGAAGAGCUGCCAUGUCCAGAGCUAGAAACUCUCUUCUGUUCACCACUUUGGGACCCUCUGUAUCUUGGGUGCUCUGGCUAGAUUCGGAUGUUAUUGAGACUCCUCCUUCCUUGAUUCAAGAUUUGGCUUCUCACGAUAAAGCCAUCAUUGUGCCAAACUGUUUCCAAAGAUAUUACGAUACCAAAGAUAAACGCAUGUCGGAACGCGCCUAUGAUUUCAACAGCUGGCAGGAUAGUGAUGUGGCACGAAAACUAGGGGAGUCAAUGGGUCCUGAUGAUAUUUUAUUGGAAGGUUAUGCGGAUAUGGCAACAUAUCGAACUUUGAUGGCAUAUCUCGCCAGUGACACUGGCGAUUCCAAGGAGGUGAUCCCGCUCGAUGGAGUAGGAGGAACGGCAUUGAUGGUCAAGGCAGAGGUUCAUCGUGAUGGGGCUAUGUUCCCCCCAUUUGCAUUCUAUCAUUUGAUUGAAACAGAGGGAUUUGCUAAGAUGGCAAAGAGAUUGGGUUGGGAGGCGUUUGGUUUGCCUAAUUAUAAGGUCUACCAUUUCAACGAGUGAGAGAUGUCCGGUACAUCACAACUUCCCACUCAUAUACCUUCUCACUAGAUAUUUGAAACGAGGAAAAGAUGAUAUAAUAUUUUGGAUGGAUGGAUGAAUGGAUGGUCGGAUGGAAGGACAGCGGUUUGCAGAUGAGAUAGGAAAUCCUAUCAGGAAUAGCAUUGUCAUGAGGAGGGAGGGAAAUAAAUGGUUGGUUGGUUUCACUACCAUACCAUACAUGAUGUAUCAAAGCGUAGGGUAUGUACUGGAAAAAUAAAUAGGAUCGGGCGUUUGUCUUUUUUUUUUGAUCGACGCGAGUGAAAGAGAAUUUCAAUUGUAUUACUUUUGUUGAAAUUACUAUCUGUUUGUCUAUUUGUCUGUCUGUCUUUUUAUUUUGAUAGAGAAGUGGAAUUGUGAACCUUUUGCGCCA